GUCAAGUUUCAUGAUGGCAACUCAGCGAACUUAAACGAACCUUGCUUUGGUGCGAUCUCAUUUCCUUCACUCCUACCUUUCCUGUCGCUCUCUUCUAGCGUUGCGCCAUUACUUUGACCACCUUUUGUUUGGGACACUUGUCUGUCAUUUCCUACUUCCUAUCAUUGUUCGCGACUUGCGUGAUACCCUUCAAACACCAUGGCUCGAACCAAGCAACCGGCGAUCAAGCGCGAAGCGUCAUCCGAGUUCUUCAACAAGACUACGGCGACCUGGGAGGAUACCAAUGGCAGCGGCAAGGGGGACAAGAUGGCCAAUGGCCAUCCGGCGACGGCCAAGACGGACGCGGCGCAUGAGAAGCCCGAAGCAGGUGUUGUGCAACUUGUCGUUGCUGUCGCGGGCAUCUAUGCUUCGUUCCUGACGUGGGCGUACCUCCAGGAGAAGCUCACGACGACACAUUACGGCCCGGCCGACGCGCCUGAGGUGUGGCACUUCCCCGUCUUCCUCAACACGAUCCAGUCCGUCUUCGCCGCAACGGUCGGCGCCGUAUACCUCGUCGCGUCGACGCCCACCGGCGCCAGCAUCGCACCCAUCAUCCCGUCCCAGCGCAUCCUCGCUCCCCUCGCUCUCGUAGCCGUCACCAGCAGCCUGGCCAGCCCCUUCGGCUACGCCAGCCUCGCCCACCUCGACUACAUCACCUUCCUGCUCGCCAAGAGCUGCAAGCUGCUGCCCGUCAUGUUCCUGCACAUCACCAUCUUCCGCAAGCGCUACCCGCUGUACAAGUACCUCGUUGUUGCCGCCGUCACCCUCGGCGUCGCCGUCUUCACGCUGCACUCGGGCAAGAAGAGCAAGAAGUCGGCCCGCGCCGACGACGCCAGCACCGCCUGGGGCCUUCUCCUGCUCGGCAUCAACCUGCUCUUCGACGGCCUGACCAACAGCACUCAGGACUACAUCUUCCAGUCGUUCCGGCCAUACUCGGGACCACAGAUGAUGUGCGCCAACAACAUGAUGAGCACCCUCGUCACCGGCGCAUACCUAAUCCUGAGCCCCUGGCUCGUUGCCACCGGUCUCGGCGAGUGGUUUGGCAUGGAUGUCGCUGGCAGUGCUGGCGAGCUCACGGCUGCACUGGACUUCAUGAGCCGGUACCCGGCCGUGUGGAAGGACGUCCUGGGCUUCGCGGCGUGCGGCGCCGUCGGCCAGGUCUUCAUCUUCUACACCCUCUCUACUUUCUCCUCGGUACUCCUCGUCACCGUCACCGUCACCCGCAAGAUGUUCACCAUGAUCCUGUCCGUCCUCGCCUUCGGCCACCGCCUCACCCAGAUGCAGUGGCUAGGCGUCGCCCUGGUCUUUGGCGGUAUCGGGGUCGAGGCUGGCAUUGCGCGCCAGGAGAAGAUUGCCAAGGAGGCGGCCAAGAAGGCGGCUGGGGGUGGGAAAAAGAAUCUAUAGACGCUACGGACGGAACGGGAGACAAAUGCAUGACUAGAAAGAUGACGCACAAAAAGAUGGCGUUGGGUGUGAAUCUAUAUGAUUUUGUUUAUAAACAUAGCACAGAAAGUCAACAUUCAAAGAUACCGACAAGUCAGAUCACGGAAAUGCAC